AUGGAGAUUCCUUACAGGAAGAUAAUGAUUUACGUUCUAACGUUCGUGGCCUAUGCCUAUACUGGUAUGGGUUCUAGUAUGUUACGAAAUUUGAAAGAUGCCGUAUUAUCAGCCGAGUCUGUUUUUGGUGAUAUGUUUAAAAACGUCAUAACUGUGGCUGAGAAGUUUAGAUCUUUACACGAAGUUUUUGAUGCGGCCGUUGAAGAAGAGUGCAUUUUCAAUUGUCCAGAAGGAGGCAAACCAGUGCGUAAUAGAAAUCAUGUCCCAACAUCUGAUGGUUGUGGUUCUCUUGGUUUUGAAAUAGCAUCAGAAUACUUACCUCUUGAAGAAAUGACAAAAUGCUGUGAUACCCAUGAUAUAUGCUAUGAUACAUGCAACAGUGGGAAAGAAACCUGUGAACUGGACUUCAAGAGAUGUCUGUACAACUACUGUGAUUCAUAUAAAUCUGUUAAUGUAGCAGGGGAUACUAUUACUAAAGGUUGCAAAACAGCUGCUAAACUACUGUUCACUGGUACAUUAACACUAGGCUGCAAAUCAUACUUGGAUGCGCAGAAGAAUGCCUGCUACUGUCCACCACAGAAAAAUAACAAAUAUAAGAAGUAUCCAGGAAGCGGGGAUUUAUAGUUAUAAUAUUCUUGCCAAGACCUGUAGACAAGUUACAUUUUCCUGAAUGCUAAUUUCAUGCACUGUUGAAUCCCUCCUACAUUUAGAUUAACAAUCUCCAGUCACUUGUCAGAAACUAAACAAUUUUCCUUCAUUUGUUGUUUUCUAUGAUGAUGUAGCUAUGUCUAGGCCUUUUGUAGUAUUAGCAUUAAUUUGCCAUUCUCCAAAGAAUUUUUGUUUAACCUUAAAAUUGUGAUACUCCUAAGAUAAGUAUUUUGUUUUAUUUAUUUGAUGAUGUUAAAUAUUGGUUGUUAAUAUUUGAUGUUAAUUGUGAACUAUUUCAAUAAUAUAUCUAUUGAUGAUUUUCUUUACGAGA